AUGCAGGUUGGACACCUUCUACAUAGCUGGCUGUUCGGUUUGGGCGUGCUCCUCCUUGUCAAUGGUCAAGUCAAUGUGACGUUGCAAUCUACCGCGUCGGAGAUCGUGUACAGCCCUCCAUUAUGCAGUGGUACGGUGGAGACUUGCGCUAGCGCUUGGCGUCUCAUACCGUCUCCCGAUGGGUCUGGUAUCGACAUUGCUUCAACCGAUGGUCCCACCGCCGCCAGUGGAGACUUGAUACCACAAAUGUUUCUGACAUUCACCGGUAUUCAGCUAUAUAUAUGGACAUCAUCGUCGUCUACCGCAAUGGCAAACGUGUCCCUUUCCACUCAAGAUCCUACAGUAUCUAUCACAUCUCAGGUGGACACGGCGGUCGGCCUCAUCGCCGUGGUCGAUUUACCAGGCGAUCGUGCCACUACGUUAACCAUUACGUACAUUAAUGCGUCUGACAAGGGGACACGGUUGGAUUUCUCGAACUUGACGAUUGUUACGCCUAGUAACCAAACAUCACCAUUCGCGUCAACCAUACUACCGCAAUCAGCUACAAUCCUUCCGUUUACGCCCAUCAUAUCUGCAGCUCCUCUGAAGAUGUCAUCACCAUCAAGCACCCAGACAACGAGCGAUGUGGUCGCGGAAGUGUUAGGUGCAGUGUUGGGGGUGGUACUCAGUGGAUUGGCAGUCAUAGCAAUCAGAUACUAUCGGAGACGACGGCGGAGACCUACCCGGACUACAACUGGAGGCAGCUGA